AUGGGUGGCUAUGGAAGGAACAAGCUGGAGUUGGCCUUUGUUUGGCAAGGGUCUUACAAUCAGUGCUAUAAGGAGCAUCCAGAAGGUGAUGGAGCACCAACUGGAAACUAUGGCUAUACUAACAGUGGGUACAGUGUAUAUGAAGAAGAAAAUGAAAGGUUAACAGAAAGUCUGCGCACUAAAGUCAGUGCAAUAAAAUCACUUUCUAUUGAAAUUGGAACAGAAGUUAAAAAUCAAAACAAAUUGUUAUCAGAAAUGGAUAAUGAUUUUGACUCUGCAACCGGACUUCUAGGUGCGACUAUGGGCAGACUCAGAAGGCUGUCCAGAGGGAGCCAGACAAAACUAUUAUGCUACAUGAUGCUCUUUGCAUUAUUUGUUUUUUUUGUAACAUACUGGAUUAUUAAACUGAGGUGAUGCAUGUUGUCUUAAGUUUAAACUGUGUAAUUUCAACCAUCAGUCUUAAUUAAUGACGACAUUGAUUUAAAUUGCCAUAUUCUGUUGAUAAAACACAAUGAAAGUAUUGUAAAUUGCAUUAGUACUUAAUGCAGUGUUAUAUACAGUUUUCUUGAUGUAUUGAAAUUUCUCCCACUGUCCCCUGUUUUGGGGGGAUUAUUUAUAAAUACACAGAAACUGCUGGCACUAUUAAGUUGCUUUUUUUUAGAAUAAAAGAGUUUAUAGAACUAGUUAAAAAAUACCCACAAGAGGAAUCAAGGAAUUCCCCCAAAACCAAAGGUUGUUCAGAUAUGAAAUAAUUGCAGAAUUACGAGGCCUUCACUUUCAUUUUGCUUUUCAAUCUGAGCCAUGCUCUAAAUUAGAGCUCCCUAGGUUUCAGAACUUCUAGGUUUCAGAAGCAUGACCAAUACUUGGGUCUUCUGAAAUUGGUUUUAUCUGUAGAUUUUUGAAAUGUUGGCUUGAGGUAACAAUCGUAAUGGUGGUGCCCCCCAGAAGUGAUUUUUGUGAUGCCUAGAUUGAUAGGUCUAACAGUCUGCAUGUUUAAGUAGCUUAAACAUUUUGUUUGGGGGAGAAGUUACUUAAAACUGGAUCUUCCUUUUAAAUGUGACAAAUGAUGCUUGUGUGUCUGUUCUGUUAAGCAAAUGCCUUUGAUCAUUUUGGUUCAACAAAUUUGGACACAGUGCAAAUGUUUCCUUUACAUUUAAAGUCUUCAAAACUUAAUGAUUCCAUUGAAUCACUGGAACUUGUACCAUUAGCUCAUUUAUGUUUCAUUCUGUGAUGAACCCUGAAUCUACUCUGCAUGAUGUUUGAAUAUGAGGUUGAAUAUUUUCAAUUUUAUAUUGAUACAUGUAAAUAUUAUGAAGCACCUGUUGGAGGUGGUAGCAUAUUAAGGUUUUUACUUCUAACACUUAGCUUUAACUCACAAAGUAGUUUUUAAUAGUUGAAAGUAUCACAUCACUGGGUUCAACAUUCAGAAAAAUAUUGUUUUUUAGACCUUGAAAUUGUAUCUACAUUUUUAAAAUAAUUUUUUCUAGAAAUACUGUAUAGCAUACUGCCAUUAAUAAGUUAAUUAUGAGCUGACAAAUAAAGUGUCCUGGAGUAUUCUUGUUGUUUGUAUGCAUACUUUCCUACUGUAGAAUACCAUUGUUUUUUGAAAUGGUGCUGCACUUAAGCAACUAGACUUGUGUGAUGGUGAGCUCUGUUGAAAUACAUGGAGCUGUAUAUUACAUUUUUCAUGUUCAUUUUCAUAUAUAACAGAAAUAUUAUGUCUAAAUCACACAUUCUGUAGAAUGUCUUUUAUAAAAGUAACUGAAAUGCAGUUGUUUCUAGCCCAUUUAAUUCUGGACUGUUAAAAGGUCUACAAAUAACAGAACAUAUAGAUAAGAUUUAUUAUCCUGGUAUUAAUAUUUAUAUGAGAAUUGCUAGGCUUGCUAAACAAACACAGUAUUCUCAGAGAAAGUCAAUAGGCUAUAGUUUGUCAUCCCAACUGAGAGAAUGUAAGGGUGCCUAGCAUUCAGGAUAAUAAUUAUUGACGUAACUUUGACAUCCACACUGCCUUGCUAUUUGGGUCAUCAUUUAGAAAACAUUUAAGUUUUGUCUCAGGUGGUGUCUGAGCAAUUUCUCGGUAUUUCUUUCUUUCUAGCCAAUCUGUCUUACCAAUAAAUGGAAGUAGUAUUUAUCUACGUAACAUAGAGUAGAAAAUAGGUAGGUGCAACUAGUUACACAGCUGAGACAUUUCCCGUAUUUGUUCUGAACGAUAUGCUGUGCUUUCCCUUGCCAGUGCAUAUGGGUAAAAAACCUCUUACUUGUCCUUCAGUUCAUGUGUAAAACCAACAGGAAUUUUGUUUUAAAAGUCAGACCAGAUCAAAGGUAAAUCAUACAGAGUAGGAUCCCUCUCCCUUCUUUUCUUUCUUCUUUUCUUCAGUGAUGUGGUGAGAUUGAGGGAGAAGGAAUAGGAGGAGAAAAAAAAAA